CCGGCGCCGCGGCUUCCUCCCAAAACCCGAAGUGGACUCUGCGCUCCGCCCGGCCUGUCCCCGCGGCGGAGAGGCCGCGCCGCCCGGCAGGUAGCCCGGAACAACGCCUGGAUCCGGAGCCGGCCCCGAACGGGAGCGGCAGCGGACGCGGCCCAGGUCUGCGAGGGAUGUUUGUUCCAAGAUCUCUGAAACUCAAGAGAAAUGCUAAUGAUGACAGCAAAAUUUGUGCAACUAAGAAAAUUAAACCAGAAGCAGAAGACCUUCCGUUGGCCAAAAGCAGAGAUGAUGCAGCUGACGCUUUAGUCCCCACAGAAGCUGCUACGUCCGCUCAGCACCAGGCUGAACCUGGCCCCGUCCCCAGGCCAGCCAGUCAGGUGACUGAGCAGUGUUUGGUUGGACUUGAACAGGAUGCAAAGGACAAAGAUCUUUCUGAAGAGCCUGUUAAGUCAUUUUCCAAAACUCAGCGCUGGGCAGAGCCUGGGGAACCCGUGUGUGUUGUGUGUGGCCGUUAUGGAGAGUAUAUCUGUGAUAAGACGGAUGAAGAUGUGUGUAGCCUGGAGUGUAAGGCCAAACAUCUUCUGCAGGUGAAGGAAAAAGAGGAGAAAGUACAAGUCAGUAGCCCCCAGGAAGCUGAUGCUGAGCCAGGGUCCCUACUUAGUGCUCUGUAUGUCUACAGGGAGCAUCCUUUUAUUUCAAGCCUUCAUGAGGACCAGAUUGAGAACCUUAAACAGCAGCUCGGGAUUUCAGUCCAGGGGCAAGAUGUUACCAGACCCAUUAUAGACUUUGAGCACUGUGGUUUCCCCGAGACUUUAAAUCACAACUUGAAGAAAUCAGGCUAUGAAGUUCCAACGCCUGUCCAGAUGCAGAUGAUUCCUGUGGGACUCCUGGGAAGAGACAUUCUGGCCAGCGCUGAUACUGGCUCAGGAAAGACGGCAGCGUUUCUUCUCCCUGUUAUCCUCCGGACUUUAUUUGAGAGCAAUGCUCCAUCUGCACUCAUCCUCACCCCAACAAGAGAGUUAGCCAUCCAGAUAGAGAGACAAGCUAAGGAGUUGAUGAGUGGCCUGCCACACAUGAAGACCGUGCUGUUGGUGGGGGGCUUACCACUGCCCCCGCAGCUAUAUCGUCUACGACAACACGUGAAGGUUAUUAUAGCCACUCCUGGACGACUUCUGGAUAUAAUAAACCAGAGCUCUGUAGAACUCAGCAAUAUCAAAAUUGUAGUAGUAGAUGAAGCUGAUACCAUGUUAAAGAUGGGUUUUCAGCAGCAAGUGCUUGAUAUUUUGGAAAAGGUUCCAAGUGACUGUCAGACCAUUUUGGUUUCCGCGACGAUUCCAGCUAGCAUCGAACACCUAGCCAACCAGCUUCUGCAUAACCCUGUGAGAAUCACCGCUGGAGAAAAAAACCUGCCGUGUGCCAAUGUGCGUCAGAUUAUCUUGUGGGUAGAAGACCCAGCCAAAAAGAAGAAAUUAUUUGAAAUCUUAAAUGAUAAGAAGCUCUUUAAGCCUCCUGUGUUGGUAUUUGUGGAUUGCAAACUCGGAGCAGAUCUGUUGAGUGAAGCAGUUCAAAAAAUCACCAGUUUAAAAAGCGUGUCUAUACAUUCAGAGAAGUCACAAAUAGAAAGGAAAAACAUACUGAAGGGAUUACUGGAAGGAGACUAUGAAGUCGUCGUGAGCACGGGCGUCUUGGGCAGAGGGCUGGACCUCAUCAGCGUCAAGCUGGUUGUCAACUUUGACAUGCCUUCCAGCAUGGACGAGUAUGUGCAUCAGGUCGGAAGAGUGGGGAGACUAGGCCAAAAUGGAACCUCAAUUACCUUCAUCAAUAACAAUUCGAAAAGACUUUUCUGGGAUGUUGCUAAAAGAGUGAAACCCACAGGAUCCAUUCUCCCCCCACAGCUACUUAACUCCCCUUACCUUCAUGACCAGAAGAGAAAGGAACAGCAGAAGAAUAAGACACAUAGUGACCUGGUUUCUGGGGCUAACCUCAUGGACAUUAUCAGAAGACAUGAUAAAAGUAACUCUCAGAAAUGAUUUGUUAUACCUCUUUGAAGGAUCUGUAUCAUGUAUCAUUAGUGGAACUUCUGUAUAUUAUUAUGGUGUGGUUUGAGUGAACAGUGUAUAUCCUGGAAACAAACAACUUUACAUAUGAUUUUUGGAUGUAAUAGAGUAUCAGAUUUAUACAGAUUCUGUUUACCUGCCCUUUUAAGUCUUAUGAAAGAAUUAAAAUUAAGUUGCUGAAUAA